UCUGCCUCUGCGCAGCUAUGGCUGCGCGCGCUAGCUGGCUGAUCCGCAGCUGCGCUUGGCUGAGGCUUGUGGGGCCGUCGCCCGCCCGCUGGCGCUCCAGCCCCGGCCCUGGCCCCGCGCUGCCCGCCCCUGCGCUGCCCGCCCCUGACUCGGCCGCACCGCCCGAAGAUUGGGACAGUGUAUUGCCUUUAUCUGCUUUGGAGGAGAUUUCCGAGGAAGAAGCUGUGCAGAUCGUGGCCGAGCCGCUUCUUCCCUUUGAGUCCUUCACGCUUCGAGAUUAUGUUGAUCGUUCAGAAACUCUGACCAAAUUAGUGCAUCUGGGAGUUGAUUUGUCCAAAGUGGAAAAGCUUCGGAAUGCAGGCCAGCUCCUACUGAGGCUGGAUUUUGAAAAUGACAUUAAAAAGAUCCUAUUAUUUCUUAAGGAUGUGGGUGUGGAAGACAAUCAGCUGGGGCCCUUCCUGACAAAAAACCCUUACGUUUUCACUGAAGACGUGGAAGCUCUAGAGACAAGAGUGGCUUACUUAAAAUCAAAAAAAUUUGGUAAGGAAGCAAUUGCACGAAUGGUCUCGAGAGCUCCAUUUUUGCUGAUGUUUUCUGUGGAAAGAUUAGAUAACAGAUUGGGUUUCUUCCAAAAAGAACUUGGAUUAAGUGUGCAGAAGACUAGGGAUCUAGUAAGUCGUCUUCCAAGGCUACUAACUGGAAGUUUGGAACCGGUAAAAGAAAACCUAGCGGUGUGUCGGAUUGAAUUAGGUUUUCGACCUAAUGAAAUUCAACAUAUUGCCCUUAAAAUACCCAAGAUUUUAACUGCAAACAAAAAGAAAUUAACAGAAACAUUUGACUAUGUCCAUAAUGUGAUGGGCAUUCCCCAUCACAUCCUUACCAACUUCCCUCAGCUCCUUCUUAAAGUGAAGUACUCACAAUGUGACCUAUCAGCUGAUUGUUGGAGCAAAAAUCUACAAAAAAAAUUUCAUUGAAGCAUUGCAUGAAUAGUUAAGACCCUCAAUUUAAUAUUUUUUCCUCUGCUGUCUAGUUUAAAUAUGUUCAUAAAACUUACAUGUAUUGCCCUUUAAUAAAAGUAAACAAUAUGUUUGAAUAAUCUCAUGCACUGCUGAAAUGUGAUCACUGUUGACUGGAAAAGAGAAACUUUUUAAAAUAAAAGUAAUGUGCAGUUUAUUAACUACAAGGGAAGUAGUGCAGGAAGGAAGGGACUGUAGUCAUGUCACUUAAUCUAAUAUCUCUGUUCUUGAGUAAAAAGUUGUGGGAUAAUAUGGAAUAAUUACCAAGAAAUCAGGACUAAGCACAGGGAAUGUUAAGUAAAAACUGGGGAGGUGGCCCUCCUUUAGCUCUGCUUGUGAUUUCCCCCUUUCCCCUCCAGUGCCAAAAUCUGGUGUGAUCUUUCUCCAAAGCUCACCUCUUCAUCCUUCUCUGCUCACAUUCUAUAACACUAAGGCCUAUGGCCUCACUGCCUAUCUUCCUUGAACUCUGCUGCCUUAGGUACUGUUCAUUUCCUUUUUGUUGACCUCAUGCACUCUUCAUGAUGGCAUCGUCUCUUGUUUUUCUUCAAAGUGCAUUUUUAGCAUUUUAUUGCAUCUCUCUCCAUGGUUCUUUGCUCUUAAGAAGCUCCCAGAACUUUCUGCUCUUGGCUCCAUCAUCUCCUACUGCCUCAAGACUGAGCAGUGGGAGAGGCAGGCAGAAUCUCAUCCUUUUAAACCUCAGUUCUGGCUUAUGGGAAGUCAAGGGGAGAAAAGAUAACUUUUAAGAGAACCAUCAAAUUGUGUGUGUUCCUUGUUGUAUAACCACAUGAUCUCAGUAUGCUUAUCCUUAUUUUAGUCUCUUACUGUCUUUGUGCUUGCUUAGUAUCAUGUGAUAUUUAGACCACAUUUUUCAAUCAGGGAAGACAAGUAUUGGUAUACUGGAGUGGGCCAGUGGUUAAUCUAGUAUGGUAUUCUGCUCCUGACAAAUGUUCCCCCUUUGGAAUCCUUACUAUAAGAUCUGUAAUAGGAUCUGUAUUAUAGGACCCCAGUAGUGGCCUAGGUGCACCUCUGAGAUCACUUUCAAGGUGCUUUCAUACUUUCAGGGGCACCUGUCAGCUCCAACUUCCUCCCUGCCUUCUGCUUCUUACCACUGUAAACCGGCUAAGAUGUGUCAGGGGCCAGCUCUUUGGUAUAUGGUGACUCAGCCUCAAUGGUCUCACCCAGACCCUGCCAGUUCUUAGCAGAAGUAAUUUUGCCAGCAAGAAGAAUCACACCUUUGUCUGCUUAUGCACUCAGAAAAGAUGGAUUUCCAUUUCCAUAGAAUAGGCAAGCCCAUAUGGUCAAAUGCUCUGGAAUUGCAGUUAACACUGACAAUAAGCAGUAAAAAGACAGCAAAAAGGAUCUAUUAUAAAAAAACAAACAAACAACAAUCCUAA